AUGAAAACAAGCGACUUUGAAUCUCCGCAAGUAAUAUCUUCGAGAAUUAGCGCCAGUUCCUCGAAGAUGAAACUCGGCGGAAUUGGGCGGCCUCGUAAAGUCGGCUGCGAACGUAACCUCGCAUCGGCGCUUCUUCAGCAAAGACAAGCUUUUCGCAUCAUUCAGAACGACAUCGAUGUCACGCCCAAGCCAUUGGUUCAUCCAGCAUUCAGCGUUAUCGAAGAGAACCAGGUCACCGCGUUGGAGACCCUCGGGAUUUUUCAGACAGGAAGCAGCAUCCAGUUGAUAUCUCCGUCUGAUCUGAGUGGGCUUAGAGCCAGCUCUUCUAUUCUCUUCAAGUCUUCAAUGCCGUCCGACGACAUGCAGUUGGAGAGCCUACUUACUACUCAGGUGUGCGAGAUCUUGCAAGAAGAGGAAGAUGCUGCACCACCACCGUUCUUUGUAGCUAGAGAUGAUUCGGUGAUAUUACACGAGCGGCCGGAAACUGUGACGAUCACCCUGAAGGAAACGCAGACAUUCUUCAUCUUCGAGAUGCCGCAGCUGACCGGGGAUUUGCCAACACCAGAAGGACAGGCGAUUAAACGGGAAAAUGAAUAUUACGAGUAUGUGACGGUAGGACCUGGCUCUAAUCGGAAAUUGAUAGACGCCGAGACGCAAACGAUACACGUGCUGACGAAAUCACGCGGCACCUACUUGGGAGUGAGACCUAGGAAAAAUCAAGGAAUGUUCGUUAACAAUUGGGUGAUACACGACACUUACGCAGCGCCGGAACUGAUGACAGAGAAAGAUGGACGUCUGAUGGUGCACUCGAAGGAAUCGAUGCGUCGGAUGCGAGAAACACAAGAGUUGCGAUACAAGCUUCCCGAGCCUGAAGUAACUCCCGACCUGAGCCUCGAAGAACAAUUAUCCCACAUAUGCCGGAACACUCGUUUCCUGGACGCAGCGCGCGUGAUGGAGCGCCUGAUCGCGAACAACGUGUUCCUGGCGGUGCAGAAACGCUUUACCGGUGUGACCGUACGCGAUCCCUACGCUUUAGACCUCUGCUUCGAUUACCGGCUGGACCUGUUGUGGAUGCAUGUGUGUGACGAGGCUCGCUGCCGUCCGGUCGCGUCGUUCCGCUGGAGUCCGGCUAACGCGAGUGUCCUCGCUGUCGGCUACGGUGCGGCGCAGGCCUACAAGCGAAACGGCCUGGUGCUGAUUUGGUCCGCCAAAAAUCCGAGCCACCCCGCUCGCCGGUACGCAUUCGACAGUCCGGUGUCCGACAUCAACUGGAGCAUAAGUCGACCGAAUCUCCUGGCGAUCGGUUUUUACGACGGUAACGUCAAGGUCAUCGACGUUAGCGCUAAGGACGUCAAUGUGAUCAGACAGAGUCAGAGGGAGACGUCGCCAUCUUGUUCGCCGCAUUGGCAGGUGCAAUGGUGGAGCGGCGACGAGCAGUUCGACUACCAAGAGCAGAUCUACACGAGCGAUCAAGACGGCCGGGUGUAUUGCUACCGUUCCGGUGAAGACUUCCUCGCCACGGAGAUUAUGCGGUUGUACCGCAUGGAGGGUAAAUUAAUGGGAGUGAGCAGGAUCCAUCACUGCGUGACUCGCAAUGUGCCCAUCAGCCGGCAGCCAGGUGCCUUGGUUUUACGAAGACACCCCAGCAUCAGUAACAUCUACCUCGUGGGUUCGGACGAGGGUUGCAUCUACCGAUGCUCCACCACCUACCUGCGCCAACACAUAGACAGCUUCUCGGCGCACGACGGCCCGGUUUACUCCCUCGAGUUCUCACCGUUCUGUCAGAAACUCUUCCUCACCUGCGGCGCCGACUGGUGCACCAGGAUCUGGGCGGAAGGUCUUACCGAGCCGCUUAUUACACUCUCGACGACGAUGGCGUGCGUGCGAAGUGCACAAUGGAGUCCCACGUGCUCCACCGUUAUCGCCAAUGUGGCCAGCGAUCAGAUCUGCAUCUGGGACAUACGCAGGAAGACCUACAGCCCGGUGUCCGUGACGAUCUCCAGCAACAGUGCCAGACUGGUCGCCGCUGACUUCACAACGAACGGCAAUCAGCUGGUGGUCGCCGACAUCGAGGGUGCGGUUUACAUUUACAACCUGGAGGGCAUGCCGUUCCCUCCGUACGACCAGAACAAGGUACUGAUCGAGUCCAUUCACAAGGCGAUGCUGACCAAGCCGGAGUUGCUCAGGAAACUGAAGAAGCUAGGCCCACCCUUCUGAUCGUCUGAUCUCUCGUUGCAACAAUGGGGUAAGUGUCGGCAAAUAUUCCCAAACUAGCGGGUGAAAGUACUUUACCCGAUCGCUCUUACGUAUGAAAUGAGAAAACGGAUAGCUAUUUAACAAUUACGUCGCACUAAAUUUGCCUAUUUUUUAGCCUUCCCUCCCUGCAUCACAAAAAUAUGUGUCUCCUCCCAAUAUUCGCCGGCAAUCAGAUAAAAUAAAACUAUCUUCUUUUAAAAUAUAAAUAAUUUCCAGGCGUACAAUAUCAAAUUAACUACUUUAUUUUGACUAAGUAAAAGUUGUGUUUUUAAUCAAACUAGCAUUUUUAAUCAAAUUAGCAUUUUGAUUAUUAAUACAAAACUAUGUCAGAA